CAGACCUGGACAAUCUGCUGAGAGAAAACAUUAUUAUUAGCCUAAUUUAGGUGAAAGUAAAAACUGUCCACCAAGAGAGAGAGAGAGAGACAAGAUUUUCACCAGACAAAAUGGGUACAAAAUACGAAAAGGAUUUCUGCUGCAUCAUGUGCAAUGACAUCUUUAAGGACCCUGUGCUCCUGACAUGCGCCCACGCUGUGUGUGAACCCUGCCUAAAGCACUUCUGGGUGGACAAUGGUGCCCACGAGUGCCCUGUCUGCAGGAGGAGGUCAUCGAAGGGUCAGCUGCUGCCAAACCUGGUCUUGAAGUACCUGUGUGAGACGUUCUGGCAGGAGAGAAGUCAGAAACCUCGAGCAGGGUGUGAGGAGCUCUGUAAAGAGCACAGUGAGCAGCUCAACUUCUACUGUAUGGAGCAUGACUUCCCCGUGUGUCUCGUGUGCCGCUUCGCCAGAAAACACACGUGCCACACCAUCAAACCACGAAACGAAGAGGAAUUUGAACCGUUUGACCUUAAGGAGGAACUGAAGUUGAGUCUAGGGCGACUAAAGACCAGACUGGAAGACCUUGAAGAAGCACAACUCGCUGGAGACGAAACCACACAUUGCAUUACGGCUCGGGCCAUACACAUCGAGCAGCUGAUCACGGAGGAGUUUGAGCAGUUCCACCGGUUCCUGCGGGACGAGGAGAAGGUCCGGCUGGCCAUCGUGAGGCAGGAGAAGGAGGAGAAGCUGCAGAUGCUGCGGGAGGUGAGCGGCCGCAUAAGGAGGAAGAUGACCUGUCUGAAAGACGCCAUCAAAGCCAUACAAAGGAAAUUGGAAGCUGAUGGGGUCACAAACCUGACGGAUUACCGGAAGACCGUUGAAAUAACCGAUUGCAAACUGCAGGAGCCAGAGAAAGUUUCAGAAGCUCUGCUCAAUGAGACGAAGCACCUGGAGAAACUGAAGUACCAAGUCAUUAAGCAGUUGAGAGAGACUGUUGAGAAGCCUGCUUUGACUCUGGAUCCCAACACUGCACACCCAGAUCUGGUCCUGUCUGAGGAUCUGACCACUGUGAGAUUCGUUGAAAAUAACCCACAGAGGUAUGACUUGUACCACAGUGUGCUGGGCUCUGUGGGCUUUGACAUGGGUACUCACUGCUGGGAUGUGGAGGUUGGGGACUAUCCACGCUGGAUUCUGGGCGUGAUGGCGGAGUCUGCUAAGAGGAAGGGAGACUUCACCCCCAUGAGUGGACGCUGGUUUAUGUGGCGUAACGAUGACGAAUGUGUUGACAGCAACUUCAGAGUGGAUAACACCAGAAGAUGA